AUGGCGUUUCAAUUGAGUAAUACCGUGCUCCUUUCUUUGCUGUUGGUGCUGAUCACCACGGCACUAUUGUUAAUAAUUCAGAAAAACACCACUAAUGUAAUUCCCGGCCAUAAAGUAACAAAUAGGGAUCCAACGUUCAUAAUUGCUGGUCCUAGCGGCAGCGGAAAGACCAGUUUGUUCAAUGUGCUCACCACCGAUACUGUCAAACCGACCGUCAUGUCACAGGUACCCAAUGUGGCUGAAGACUACAUGCUUCCUUCAACUGCGAAAAGCUUCAAGUUCAAGUUGAUGGAAUUUCCCGGCCAUGUCAAAUUGCGGUAUCGUUUGUUCGACACCUUAAAGGAGUCCACAGCGUUGAAGGGUCUAAUAUUUGUUGUUGAUAGCACCGUCGAUCCGCAGAAACUUGCCGAAACCGCAGAGUUUCUUUACGACAUUCUGGCGCUGACUGAGCGCUUUCCAGAGGGAGUAGACAUCAUGAUUGCUUGCAACAAAUCCGAGUCAUUUAGUUCCCGUCCACCUUUGAAGAUUCGUGAUGCGCUAGAGAAAGAAAUAGGCAAGGUGAUCGAAAGAAAAGCCAAGUCGUUGAGCGCAGUCAAGAAGUCCGGUGAAACCUUGGGAGAAACCGGCGCGGACGACUCUGGCGCUGCAUCCCUCGAUUUCCAAGGCCUCCGUGCCUUUAAUUUCGAUGCUUUGGACGGCAACGUCGACGCUAUCGAGGGCAGUGUAUCCAAGGGAGAAAUUGAGAAGUGGGAGUGCUGGAUUGAUGAAAGGUCUGUAAAUUGA